GGGGUAUAUAAGGGGUUUUUAUAGAGUGUGGGGUAUAUAAGGGGUUAUUAUAGAGUGUGGGGUAUAUAAGGGGUUAUUAUAGAGUGUGGGGUAUAUAAGGGGUUAUUAUAGAGUGUGGGGUAUAUAAGAGGUUAUUAUAUUGUGUGGGGUAUAUAAGGGGUUAUUAUACAGUGUGGGGGUAUAUAAGGGGUUAUUAUACAGUGUGGGGUAUAUAAGUGGUUAUUAUACAGUGUGGGGUAUAUAAGGGGUUAUUUUACAGUGUAGGGUAUAUACUGUGAGGACACGCCCCCAUAGAGUUCUGGGAACAGCUGGAGCAGGUGCAUUGUGGGAGUUGUAGUUCUACAGCAGCCGGGGUGUCGGAGGUCUCGGACCCCUCCCUUAGGUGCGGUGGCUGAUAUGACAGAGGUCGGUCAUAGUGACUGAUAUCAGAGAGUCGUCCGCGCAGCGCUCUGUGUAAUAAUCCUGGCACCAUGACAGAACACUGUAAUGCAUUUCCUGGCACUGAUCACAACCCCCACCAUCCAGUACAACUUCCUGUCACAUCCAGAGGCUGCUGAGCAAUCAGGAGGAAGAAGGAGAAGUACAGAACUGAAGACACAGACAGGUGACUAUGGCACACAUCGGGUUUGUUCCCCCCGGGCUGCAGGAAUUACUUCCGGUCAGUCAGUUCUACAUUCAUCAGACGUGGAACGGCAUGUUCCAGGGUUACUGCACCUACAAUUUAUCUGGUCCUAAUGGACAGCUCGUCUACCAAGCAACAGAGGACCGUGAAUGCUGUGGACCUCGGCUAAGUGUCAGAGUCCAGAACAUACAAGGCUACAAUGUCCUCAACCUUUACAUUCCCGCUAACUUCUGCAGCUGGGAAACAACGUUACAGGUCAGUGAUUCUUCAGGUCAAAUCCUUGGGUACGUAGAUCAGAACUGGACUGCUUUCUCCUCAUCUUUUGACAUUCUGAAUCCACAUCAUGAGAUCUGCCUAAAAGUCAAAGGUCCGGGUUGGGGGGAAGGCUUCAUGUCAGACCAAGUCCAUCAGGUCCUCUCAGCUGAUAAAUCCUUCUCGGUCGGCCAGAUUACACGCGUGUGGCGAGGACUGUUGUGCCGAGAUGAUAAGUUUGUGCUGCAAUUCCCACCAGACUUGGAUGUUUCCAUGAAAGCCCUGCUGAUAUCCUGCACCUUACUGAUUGAUCUAUUGCAGCACGAAAGGAACAGAAAAUCUAACUGAGCCCUGAGUGUACGGGGAGCGCUGCGCAGGACGUGGACAAAGAGAUUUAUACAUUCCCCCCAGUAUAUAUUGUCCGCCCCCCUUGUGGGAUCCCCUCGCUCCAUGAGACUUGUAUACACCUCCUCCACCAGGUGGUAGCCUCUACCCGGGGUAUACACCUUGUGUCAUCAGUCUAUGACUAUAUACAGAAUAAUCCUUCCCGCUGUCACCUCCUGUCCAUGUGACCUGUAGUUUACACCUCCCCCACUAGGUGGUAGCCUCUACCCGGGGUAUACACCUUGUGUCAUCAGUCUAUGACUAUAUACAGAAUAAUCCUUCCCGCUGUCACCUCCUGUCCAUGUGACCUGUAGUUUACACCUCCUCCACUAGGUGGUAGCCUCUACCCGGGGUAUACACCGUGUGUCAUCAGUCUAUGACUAUAUACAGAAUAAUCCUUCCCGCUGUCACCUCCCUGUCCAUGUGACCUGUAGUUUACACCUCCCCCACUAGGUGGUAGCCUCUACCCGGGGUAUACACCGUGUGUCAUCAGUCUAUGACUAUAUACAGAAUAUUCCUUCCCGCUGUCACCUCCUGUCCAUGUGACCUGUAGUUUACACCUCCUCCACUAGGUGGUAGCCUCUACCCGGGGUAUACACCGUGUGUCAUCAGUCUAUGACUAUAUACAGAAUAAUCCUUCCCGCUGUCACCUCCCUGUCCAUGUGACCUGUAGUUUACACCUCCUCCACCAGGUGGUAGCCUCUACCCGGGGUAUACACCGUGUGUCAUCAGUCUAUGACUAUAUACAGAAUAUUCCUUCCCGCUGUCACCUCCUGUCCAUGUGACCUGUAGUUUACACCUCCCCCACUAGGUGGUAGCCUCUACCCGGGGUAUACACCGUGUGUCAUCAGUCUAUGACUAUAUACAGAAUAAUCCUUCCCGCUGUCACCUCCUGUCCAUGUGACCUGUAGUUUACACCUCCUCCACCAGGUGGUAGCCUCUACCCGGGGUAUACACCGUGUGUCAUCAGUCUAUGACUAUAUACAGAAUAUUCCUUCCCGCUGUCACCUCCUGUCCAUGUGACCUGUAGUUUACACCUCCCCCACUAGGUGGUAGCCUCUACCCGGGGUAUACACCGUGUGUCAUCAGUCUAUGACUAUAUACAGAAUAAUCCUUCCCGCUGUCACCUCCUGUCCAUGUGACCUGUAGUUUACACCUCCCCCACUAGGUGGUAGCCUCUACCCGGGGUAUACACCGUGUGUCAUCAGUCUAUGACUAUAUACAGAAUAUUCCUUCCCGCUGUCACCUCCCUGUCCAUGUGACCUGUAGUUUACACCUCCCCCACUAGGUGGUAGCCUCUACCCGGGGUAUACACCUUGUGUCAUCAGUCUAUGACUAUAUACAGAAUAAUCCUUCCCGCUGUCACCUCCUGUCCAUGUGACCUGUAGUUUACACCUCCUCCACUAGGUGGUAGCCUCUACCCGGGGUAUACACCGUGUGUCAUCAGUCUAUGACUAUAUACAGAAUAAUCCUUCCCGCUGUCACCUCCCUGUCCAUGUGACCUGUAGUUUACACCUCCCCCACUAGGUGGUAGCCUCUACCCGGGGUAUACACCGUGUGUCAUCAGUCUAUGACUAUAUACAGAAUAUUCCUUCCCGCUGUCACCUCCUGUCCAUGUGACCUGUAGUUUACACCUCCCCCACUAGGUGGUAGCCUCUACCCGGGGUAUACACCGUGUGUCAUCAGUCUAUGACUAUAUACAGAAUAAUCCUUCCCGCUGUCACCUCCUGUCCAUGUGACCUGUAGUUUACACCUCCUCCACUAGGUGGUAGCCUCUACCCGGGGUAUACACCGUGUGUCAUCAGUCUAUGACUAUAUACAGAAUAUUCCUUCCCGCUGUCACCUCCUGUCCAUGUGACCUGUAGUUUACACCUCCUCCACUAGGUGGUAGCCUCUACCCGGGGUAUACACCUUGUGUCAUCAGUCUAUGACUAUAUACAGAAUAAUCCUUCCCGCUGUCACCUCCUGUCCAUGUGACCUGUAGUUUACACCUCCUCCACUAGGUGGUAGCCUCUACCCGGGGUAUACACCGUGUGUCAUCAGUCUAUGACUAUAUACAGAAUAUUCCUUCCCGCUGUCACCUCCUGUCCAUGUGACCUGUAGUUUACACCUCCCCCACUAGGUGGUAGCCUCUACCCGGGGUAUACACCGUGUGUCACCAGUCUAUGACUAUAUACAGAAUAUUCCUUCCCGCUGUCACCUCCUGUCCAUGUGACCUGUAGUUUACACCUCCCCCACUAGGUGGUAGCCUCUACCCGGGGUAUACACCUUGUGUCAUCAGUCUAUGACUAUAUACAGAAUAAUCCUUCCCGCUGUCACCUCCUGUCCAUGUGACCUGUAGUUUACACCUCCUCCACUAGGUGGUAGCCUCUACCCGGGGUAUACACCGUGUGUCAUCAGUCUAUGACUAUAUACAGAAUAAUCCUUCCCGCUGUCACCUCCCUGUCCAUGUGACCUGUAGUUUACACCUCCCCCACUAGGUGGUAGCCUCUACCCGGGGUAUACACCGUGUGUCAUCAGUCUAUGACUAUAUACAGAAUAAUCCUUCCCGCUGUCACCUCCUGUCCAUGUGACCUGUAGUUUACACCUCCUCCACCAGGUGGUAGCCUCUACCCGGGGUAUACACCGUGUGUCAUCAGUCUAUGACUAUAUACAGAAUAAUCCUUCCCGCUGUCACCUCCUGUCCAUGUGACCUGUAGUUUACACCUCCUCCACUAGGUGGUAGCCUCUACCCGGGGUAUACACCGUGUGUCAUCAGUCUAUGACUA